ACACCUGCGCAGUCACAUCCGGGUUGUUUUCAGCCGUUGGUGUACCACUAAAGUUCGUAGCCGGACUUGAUAUGCUCGCUGUACAAGAGCAAAGUGAAGCAAGGGCAGAUCUUUAAACUUUCGGGGACACACAGCUCGCCUAGCUUGACGGCGGCGGUUCACCGGGACCCUGAACCAUGUUCUCCUUGUCCUCUUCGGUCCAGCCGCAGGUGACCGUGCCCCUGACUCACCUCAUCAACGCCCUGCACUCCCUGAGGAGCUCCGUGGGAAGCAGCAGCAGCGCCAGCUGCAAAUCCAGAAAACACCAAGAGCAUCCAUCAGACCCGGAGCUGCACGCUGCCGAGGCCCAGUUGAACCUCCGGGAGCUGGGUUUGUCGGACCUGGGAAACCAGCAGCUGACGGAGCUGGUGAACCGUGUGUUGCCGUGUUUCAGCCCACAGGAGGCGCCACUUCCAUUCGGUGGUCAGACAGCCUGGAGGACGUCUCAUGUCUCUACAAACUCCUUUUUUCAUAAUAAGCACGGCUUCCUAUGGAGUCCCACGCCGGUGCCAGCAGUUGUGCUGAUGCGGCAGCAGCCGUCGCUCCUUCAGGCUGUGUGUGCAGAGCUGCAGCACUGGCCAGUGUUGGUUCAGAGAAGAGGAUUUAAAACGUUGAGGAGCAAAACCAGGCGGGUGCAGUCGGCGUUCCAGCGCCCCGGCGAGUCCGACGGCUUCACGCCGUCUUUCAUCAAGGGCUUCCUCACGCGGGACAAGCCCGGCGAGCUGGAAAGCCUGGACGGCCUUUUGAAGGACAAGAACGUCCCCGCUGGACAGCAGGACGCCUUCAAGAGAGGCUUUGCCGAGGGCUUCCUGAAGGCCCAGGCUCUGACCCAACGCACCCAAGACUCUCUGAGGAGGACCCGCCUCAUCCUGCUGGUGCUGCUUCUGGUCGGCCUCUACGGCCUUUCCAAGACGCCCUUCAUAUCGGUGCGGUUCCGAACCACAUCAGGCCUGGACUCGGCCGUGGACCCGGUGCAGAUGAAGAACGUGACGUUCGAGCACGUCAAAGGCGUGGAGGAGGCCAAGAACGAGCUGCAGGAGGUGGUGGAGUUCCUCAAGAACCCGCAGAAGUUCACGGCUUUGGGAGGGAAGCUGCCGAAAGGGGUCCUGCUGGUGGGACCGCCGGGGACGGGAAAGACCCUCCUGGCCCGAGCCGUGGCGGGAGAGGCCGACGUGCCGUUUUACUACGCCUCCGGCUCCGAGUUCGACGAGAUGUUCGUUGGAGUGGGAGCCAGCCGCAUCAGGAAUCUUUUCAGAGAGGCGAAAGCCAACGCCCCCUGUGUGAUCUUCAUCGACGAGCUGGACAGUGUGGGCGGGAAAAGGAUCGAGUCUCCCAUGCACCCGUACUCCAGACAGACCAUCAACCAGCUGCUGGCUGAGAUGGAUGGGUUCAAACCAAAUGAGGGUGUGAUCAUCAUUGGUGCGACUAACUUCCCAGAAGCGCUGGAUAAUGCCCUGAUCCGUCCAGGACGGUUUGACAUGCAGGUGACCGUUCCCAAACCCGACGUGAAAGGACGCACCGAGAUCCUCAACUGGUACUUGAAGAAGAUCAAAGUGGAUCCAGCUAUCGAGGCCAAGAUUAUUGCCCGGGGCACCGUGGGCUUCUCCGGCGCCGACCUGGAGAACCUGGUCAACCAGGCGGCCUUGAAGGCAGCAGUGGACGGAAAAGACAUGGUGACCCUGAAGGAGCUGGAGUUCGCCAAAGACAAGAUCCUGAUGGGCCCUGAGCGGCGGAGUGCAGAGAUAGACAACAAAAACAAACGCAUCACGGCGUACCACGAGUCGGGCCACGCCAUCGUAGCGUAUUACACCAAAGACGCCAUGCCCAUCAACAAGGCCACCAUCAUGCCCCGGGGCCCCAGUCUGGGACAUGUGUCCAUGCUGCCGGAGAACGACCGGUGGAGCGAGACGCGCUCCCAGCUUCUGGCCCAGAUGGACGUCAGCAUGGGGGGCCGCGUGGCCGAGGAGAUGAUAUUUGGACACGAGUACAUCACUACAGGGGCGUCCAGCGACUUCGACAGCGCCACCAAGAUCGCUAAACUGAUGGUGACCAGGUUUGGAAUGUGUGAGAAGCUGGGCGUGAUGACGUACCCCGACAUGACGGCCCAGAGUCCGGAGACGCAGGCCGCCGUGGAGCAGGAAGUCCGGGCUCUGCUGAAGGAGUCGUAUGAUCGCGCCAAGGCGCUGCUGAAGUCUCACGCCAAGGAGCACAGGAACCUGGCAGAAGCUCUGCUCAUGUACGAAACUCUGGACGCCAAAGAGAUCCAGCUGGUCCUGGAGGGGAAAACCCUGGAGACCAGAUGAAACAGAGGGUCUGAUGGGAGCUGGCUGGGGGACAGGUGUCUCCUGUCUCCAGAGACGUACUUCUGUUGGAUGGUAUUCGCCACAUCUUCAUGCUGUCACCUCUGUGGAAAGGCGAGCGUCACACCGCCACUUUGUGUGAUGUGAAUGUGAGGGUGCUACUCAGGUCACUUUAUUAGAGCGGAGAGAAGAAACAUGGCAGGAAUGUAAAUAUGAAAUCAGUGUCUGGAGAGAAUCUUUUUUUAAGUUGCUGCAAGCAGGAGAAUGAAAGCUGAAGGCGGACUGAGCCGACGUGAAUCUCUUGUACUGUCACUUUUAAAGUCACAGCGUCCAGAAUUUUACCAAACCUCCACGUGUGUCGCUUGUCUUCAGUAUUUGUGUUUGUGUCCAGGCUCAGGCUGGGUCACUGGUGGGACGUUCACAUCGACUCUGCUGCUCUGCCCUUCCUCUCGUUCUCAUGUUUUCCCCUAAAAGGCGGCCUUUUGUGGAAUGUAUCAGAAGCAGAAAUCUGUCUUUAGAAGUAGAAAGUUGUCACAAUUUUGCGUCUGUACACAUCUGAUGUUAUUAAUUUAUGCUGUGUGUUGGUAUGGGGAGUAAAUGGCUGCUCAGCCCGUCGGCUGUGUGCAGAGACAAAGGAUGGAAGCAUCAAGGCUUUAAAGCUGUUGGCCUAAUUUAUUUUAGAUUAGCUCAGUAUUCAGAGGGUUAUUCUGAAGCUUGCUCGGCUGUAUGUCCAGGUUCUCUCUUGUCGUCACGCAAUUAAAACCUCCAAAUACUCAGAAGAACCAAACAGCCGUUUCUGUCCACUGAAGCUCUUCUGCCUGCAUUAACAGCAGAACUCGCUGUUUAGGAAACAGAUUCUGGGUUGAGGUUUGUGAGCGGCGGCUCAGCUGCCAGCACUUCUUCCACGUAUGAAACACGCCGUGAGGCUCACAUGGAGCUAGUGCUGUUUGUUGUGAGGUUUCUUUCUGACGCCAUGAAUGCAGACAGUCUUCAGAAAUUUCAUUUUAUGCUUCUUGUAAAUCUUUUAGUAAAUAUGGAGUCAGUUCUGUUUCCAGUCACCAGCAUGUUUUUCUGGACUGUAUUUUCUGCUCCAACAUUUCACCCUUUCGCUAUGCUAGCUGUAUAUCUUAUAGAAAUCACUGUAUAAAUGUAAAAUAGUCUCUGCUGUAGCUCUCCUCAGUGUGAUGAUGAUGGGAAAUGAAGAUAUAUGCUGCUGAAUAAAGGAAAACGGUCUGAA